CAAAAUCAAAACAAACGGACGCGACGCAGUUUCUAAAUAUAACCUUGUAACCUCAAUUUACUGGCGACCCAAAACAUACCCAACAAUCAACAAGCAUAUCUACUGUGGAGUAAAUAGGAACUUUCAUUCGAUUUACGAUAAACGAACAAUAAAGAAAUGGAUUGCAGGAAUGCAAAAGGGAACGAAAAGCGUUCGAGGAGACGAAAGAAAUCAUUUACAGAAGCGUUGAAAGAGAAAUACUGUGGUGUGGAAGAUGAGCCAACAUUUGACUUUAUAAUAAUUAGCCCCAAAAGAAAAAGCAACACCACAGCUGAGCUAGCCCAUUUACAAACUGUUGUAAGUAUGGAUGGAUUUUAUAAACUAAGUAGACUUGUAGUGUAGAAUCUUUCAUAUGUUUUUUUGUCCAUCUUUAAGUCUUUGUGGUCGGAGUUUUUGUUGUACUAUGGCACGGAGUUUUAACUUUUUAAUUAAGACUUCACGACUUCACUAUGUCUGUACUAUUAUUAUUAGGUCGUUAGUAAUAGUUAGUGUUAGACUAGACUCUGGUACUUACUAGUCCAUACUUAAACUCUUUGUUACCAGACACUUACUCCUAGGUUUAGGUUAGUUCCAACUAAGAUCUAUCCUAGGCUCACAAUUGAUUGUGCUAUGGCAUGGCUUUUGAGUAUUGACAAUAUUGUUAUUUAAAUUAUUAUUUUAAUAGACCUAUUACUAUAUUAAUAUUAUAUAUUAGUAUAAAUAGUGGGCAAUCCUCCGAAGUCCGGUCCCAAAUUAUUUCAUAUGAAAAGAAAAUUGCAAUGCACAAUGUGUAUUGUUAGAAAACAGCAGAAAUGUCAUAGCUUUUGCAAACAACCGUCACUUUACAAACCAGUUAGUAAAUACUAAAUAUUGUAAUUGGCACAUAUCAUUUGCAAAUAGCAGCAUAAAACUUUCUGCUUGUGACUGUUGCCCCACUGAAAGGCCCCCAAGUAGCUGGCAAACAGACCGUGGCUAGUACCACUCUGAUAGCGAAGUUUACGUUUCACUUGCAUACAAAGUCCUUCAAUAGUUUCUGUGUGAAUGUACUGGAUUUACAAAUUCAGUCACGUGCACAAUGACAGCGUGAGCAUAAAUACCGUUGUUGAGCUGACCGACAUUUUGAUAACCUUCCCAAGCGUAGGUGACGAUAGUUGUCCCUGGUAACACAUGAUUAGUGAUAAUGCAUUCAAGUGUUUGUGCAUCUCAAGGGCCAACAACCUCCAUCCAACAUCGUUCACUGCCACGCUCAACCAAGCCCACAACCCAUUUACCAACGCGUCGCUGUCCAUAGUGAUAUUUUGCGUGGUGCUUGAGUUCAGCCAACCAUUGAAGAACUAGGUCAAGAUGGUAUAACAAUAAAUCCAAAAUAAACCCAAAUAAACGCACAUGGCUAGCGCUGUGCUACACAGAUGAUAAUAAAUACGCUAAGCUACAACAGACUUAAUGGCGUUAAGUAGUGCUUACAGCAAUCAUUGUAGAAUCUCUUUCAGAGACGUGAGUACAAUAAUAAUACAAUAGUUGACAAUACACACUCUGCAUUGCAAUUUUUUUCAUACGAAAUAAUUUGGGACCGAACUUCGCAGGAUUGCCAAAUAGUGAGUCUCAAAAGUCCCUGGAAUCGAUUCUAAUGUAGAAUUAGUGAUUAGAAUGUAAUUGUUAGUGGAGUAAUAAAAGUUAUAAUAAGUAGCACCACUAGCCUUUUUAAACUUAUUUAACGCAUAGGGUAUUAGUAUUAGAUUUGUAGACUAUUUUUAAUUUACAUUGCAAUGAUUUAUUAAAAUUAAUAGUUGUUAAUAUAUUGAUAGUAUUAUUGGAUUACAUAACAUAAUAGGUAAACAUAGUCAGUGGCAUAAUUUUGGGGGAUGCAGAGGGUGCAGGCUGCAUUGGUUGACACCCUCACAAAGGGGGGGGGGGGUGACACCAAAUGGAAAAUUCACAAAGUUCGCUUGAGUUGGUUUCAUAAAAGAACUUGGUUGAAUACAAGAGCAGGGUGCUACCAGAAUAGCCAACCACUAAAGCAGGUUGCCAUUAGAUCAGGGGGCCACCAAACAAAGGUGCUGCUAGAACAGGAUGCCACCAGAGCAGGGUGUCACCAGAUAGUGCAGGGUUCCAUUAGAGUAGAUUUCAAACAGAAGAGGGUGACACCAGUACAGGAUGCAACCAGAGAAGGGUACCUUGAAAACAUUGUGUUGUAAUAAUAGGGUGUCACCAAUGCAGGUUGCCACAAGAGCAGCAUGUCACCACUCAGAGCAGGGUGCUAUAAGUAUAAGAGUUUGUUGCAAACAGAACAGAGUGCCAACUCAGUAGGGAUUUCACCAUCACAGGGUUGGGAAUCUCUCUCAAUCCUUUUGUUAAGACUACAUUAAAAAAAAUUUUUCAUGAUCUUUGGCUUUAAAUGAGAAGAAUUUUAAAAAACUGAAACUUAUAAAGAAGUAUUUGGGAAAUCCAUGAAACAGUCAAGGUUUUCUGGUUGUACAAUUUUUUAAAUUGAAAGUAAUAAGAGGAAGAAUGUUGAUUCUGAUGAAGUGAUUUGCAUCUUGAAAGAUAGGAAGUAAAGUUUUGACUAUACCAUUUAAUGUGUCAAUAAAAGGUAUGCUACAGUUUGUAAAUGAUGUUAUCUUAAAUUCCAAGUAUUGUUAUGUCUUUUGUUUCUUUAGUUAGGGCUAAUAUUAAAAUACUAUAAGCAGCUAUAUAUUAACUGGUUAAGAAUUACUCAGUGCCGGUUGGGGAUUGCUGGAAAAGGUGUGGGGGUGACACUAUGAGUUUAACCCACUGGAUUACACUAAUCCUAGUGAUGCCUAUGUACUUAGUAUCAGAGCCGUCAUGUGGCUUUUGGAGCCCCCCCUGCCACUUUUAGGUUUUGUGUUUUCUACAUUUUAAAGUUGGUUGUUAACAUUUUCUCCAGCCUAAUAAAUUUUGGAUUUUUUUUGUCAAAUCGGUUUAUGGAAACCGGUUUUAAACCAGUUAUCAUUUAUUUUUACAAUGCAUAACAAAUUAUUCCGUACCUCAAGCUCAGCUGGACAUUAUAUUUAAUAAGAUUGAAAGCAGUAGUUAUGCAUCCAUCUAUUUUUCUAGAACUGUCAAAGUGAUGCUCAUUUUGAUAUUAAAUAUUAUUAAUAAUUAUCCAAUGCCUAUAAUAUAAUUAUAGCAUAUGUUUAUUAUUUUUGUAAAUCAUUUAAAAAUAAUAAUACAAUACUAAAACUGUUUUUUUUUAGUCUAAAUAAAAUAAACUCAUUUUUAAAUGAAUUUAAAUUGUCGCCACCACCCUUCACCCUUUUCUAUUUCCCCCAUUAAAUAUAUGUAAAAAAAUAAUAUACAUAUAUAUAUAUUUUAAAAAAUUUCCAUGUUAGUAUUUAUGUAUAUAUACUAUGCCGUAAACAUUGUUUUUGUUGUAAAAUUCACUUGUCUGUACAAGUUGAGCUCAUUGAGAAGUUAAUAUCCAUUUCAAACUUUCUGGCAUGCUUCCAGGCUAUAAGAAAGUCAUUGCUCCUUAUAAAAAUACAUUUGCACAUUCAGAACAGCUACGUCAUGCCUAUAUUUAAUCAGAAUGGAUGUCCUAUUUCUGUCAGUAAAAUACUUUGGUACAGAAAUGACAGUGUUUGUUUGGUUCUUCUGGAUUUAUGUACUGAAAUGAAAGUAGCAGUUAAAGUACAAUAGAAAAAUCCAUCUCAGAAAUUUGUUGUUAAAUUAUUGUGCUAUUUUGUGGAAGUUCAAAUGAAAACUCAAAGCCUGAGAAACUCAUUUAAAAUAAUAAUGAUUUUGUGUGUGAAUAGUAGGCCAGUAAAUUUGUACUUUCUUAUGUCAUUCUCAGCCUUGCUCACUCCCAAUGGAGAAUAGGCCAGCCACAAUAUACUUUUCCACCUAUCCCUGUCCUGGGCUAUCUUUUUUAGUUCAGCCCAACUUUUCUUCAUUCUCUUCACCUCUGCCUCCAAUCCCCUCUUCAGUAUGGCCUUUGGUCUUCCUCUUUUCCUGGUAUUUGAGUAUUCCAAUUCAGGGCCUAUCUUGUGAUGUUAGUGUUUGAUUUCCUUAAUGUGUGCCCUAUCCAUCUCAAUUUUUUUUUGUAUCUCCAUUUCCACUGGAACACUUGAUGUUCUCUCCUCAAGGACAGUGUUACAAAUUUUGUCAAACCAUCUUAUUUUGAGAAUCUUUUGCAAGCAUCUGUUUAUAAAAACCUGCAGUUUUUUAAUGUUUUUUUUUUUUGUUGUUCUCCAAUUUUCACAGCCUCUUUGGCAAUGUCAUCAAUAAAUCUCCUUUUAUUUUUAUCCCUCCUCUUAUUGGGCAUUUGUGUAGUAAUCACAAGCAGUCACUUUUGCUGCUCUUGUUUUGCUCUCUAAAUAAAUGAUCGUCUUUCUUUUCCUCUCUUUAAAUUUGUCUAUUGUUUCUUUUUAGAAACACUCUUUAUGUUGAUAUUCUUUCUUCCCUAAUUCUUCUUCACAUGUGUCGGUCCAAAUCCCUCUACUAUGUUGCCAUUGAUCUUCUAUGUCUCCAUUUAUGUUCUCGAGCUGUUGCAUGGCCUCAGAUCUACUUGAUAGAGUUAUUUAAGGAAAUCAGUGUUAUAGCGCUGUCUUUUCUUUUGGUUUGUAUUUUGUCUUUUUAGUUUAAGCCUUACUUUCACUAUCACCAGGUUAUUUUCGGACAAAGCAUCCGCUCCCCUCUUAGGCUCUAACAUCUUGUAGGAAGUGUCUGAACUUUUUACUGAUACAUAUUAUGUGAUCAAUCUAGUUUUGGGUCUCUUGGUCUGGUGAUAUCAUGGUUUCCAGGUCACCUUAUGGAACUACUUGUGUGGAAAUAUGCUUACUCCUAUUACCAGGCCAUUAUUUGCACAAAAGUCUGCAAACAUCUCUCCACUUUCAUUCGUGUUUCCUAAUCCAUGUCUUCCCAAUACAUCUUCACAGCCAGUAUUAUUGUUUCAUUUUUGCAUUGAACUCCCCCCAUGAUAAUGUUAAUAUCCUUGUCUCUUGCACUUAAAACAACAUUCUGAAGUUUUUCAUAGAACUUGUCUUCUAUAGUCUCCUCUUUGUCAUUUAUUGUUGCAUAAAUUUGGAUGCCAUUUAGGUUGAUGUUCUAAGGACUGCUUUUAUUUUCCUGGGUCCCACAGGCUGCCAUUCAAUCAGAGUCUUCUUUGCAACAGGUGACAGUAUCAGUCGCCUCAUACGACAUGGUUGCUUGGCAAUGACUUAUUCUACUCCUAUAUUACGUCCCGUUAGUUGCACUCGGGGCAACAUGAUUUUGGCUUUAUUCAAAAUAUUGUUCAUGCACGGUUUCAUAAGGGUCAAAAUGUAUGCAUAUUUUAAGACUGGCUGACGUGCUGUGAUUUUAUAAUGUCAUCUUCAAGAAAUUCUCUGCUGCUGAUUCAUGUCUUCCAGACUAAUGCUUAGAUCACAUGAUCAAAUUUUAAUAAAAUUAUUUUAAUAAAAUUUUUGUAAUUAACAUUAAAAAAAAUGUUAUGAAAAUUUGAUCACGUGAACUGAGCAUUAGGAUUUAAUUCUUUCUGAAAAUUUCAGCCAAUGUUAAAUAAUUAUUUUUAACAAAAUGUAAUAACUGGGGUAAAAAUUGUUUAAAUGGUUGCUAUUUACAUCAGCUUCUGUAAUUUUUAUUUUUUGCAAAGAUGAUAUUUUAUUUUAUGUGGCAGGGAUGGCAAUACAUUUGAGAAUAUUUUUCAAAAGAAAAGCUUUAAAAAUGAAUUGUUUAAUAUACUUUGAAAUUUCAAGGAGAGAAGAUGCUGACUGCAGCAGAAAUAAAAAAUUAAAAAAUGUAGCGUUGUUCUUUCUGCUGGUUCUUUUUUUAAUUUGUUGAAGCUAUGUGUAUCUUUUUUCUUCACUAUUUAUUUAAACAUUUAAAAAAAAUUACAUCCCAGAACAACUCAAUCUAUUUUAUCAUGUUUUUUUGGUGUGUAUUGCCGACAGGUGCUCAAUGAGAUGGACGUCACCAGGGCAGAUAUUCCAUGUCACGGCUUAACAUCCUUGUGCCCAAAUGUUGUUGAUCUUGACCUUGCAAACAACCUCUUGGAAAAGUGGACAGAACUGUUGACCAUUCUCUCCCACCUGCCUAAAGUGAAGUAUGUAAAUGUCAGUCGGAAUAGUCUUCGCUUAAAUUCGGUAAGAAUCCUCAUCGCAUUCCUUCUAAUUGAAGCGCUAAAUAAAAUGAGUAAAAAAGAGAAGGGUUAAACCUGAAAAAAUAACUGACACUUCUAUUGCUGCCCACAGAUACUACCUACCAGCUAAGUGCUAUUUCUUAUUUUUAUACCGUUUUUUUCUGUUAUUUUGUUAGCUGACGAAGGCUUUCUGCCAACACGUUUGCUGUUUUGUUUAUUUUUUCAGGUUUAACCCUACUCUGUUUUACUCAUUUCAUUUUGUACUAACCUGAUUGCAGCCUCUCCCCUUGUUGCCCCUAGUUGAAGUGUUAAAAUUCUCAUAUAAAAGGCUGGGAUGGCCAAAGGCGCUGUCUCAAUCUGCCAUCAUGCAGUUCACCAGACAUUUAAAAAAAUGAAUAUUGUGCUGCUUUCAUUAUAGGAAUUUAAGCCCAGGCCUUUAAUUUUGCCUCCAGUUACUGAGACUUGUUAUAGAAAAAAUGUUUGUCUUUAUUUCAUGUAUUCAUUGCUCAUAUCAUUUACCUUUGGCAUCAACACAGGUGCCUUAAACCCCCACCCCCCCUCAACCCAUCCUCACAUCUUACUGUUGAAAGCUGUUGGAGUCAAGGGCACACUAAUGGCAUCUACUCUCAUAUUUUCAUAAAGCAAUACAAUUGGUUAUAGAUAAAAGACAUUCUCUCAGCCCACUCACAGCUACACAUUUUUAAAAUUUCUUUACCGAUUUCUUUAAAAAUUCUCAUUUUAUAAUUAACACUGAAUCCCAGCAGAAAUGAUUGAUUAGGAACACUAAACACCAAAGGUUUAUCUCCCCACACAACAGUUCACACAUGUGGACAAUUUAAACACAUCCAAAUAACCCAGUGGUUUGUCCUAAUAACUCAGAGAUUUGUCCCAAUAACUCAGUGGUUUGUCCCAAUAUCCAGAGGUUUGUCCCAAUAACCCAGUGGUUUGUCCCAAUAUCCAGAGGUUUGUCCCAAUAUCCAGAGGUUUGUCCCAAUAACCCAGAGGUUUGUCCAAAUAACUCAGUGGUUUGUCCCAAUAAAUCAGAGGUUUGUCCAAAUAACCCAGUGGUUUGCCCCAACAACACAGAGGUUUUUUGUCCUAAUAACCCAGAGGUUUGUCCCAAUAAAUCAGAAGUUUGUCCAAAUAACCCAGUGGUUUGUCACAAUAACCCAGUGGUUUGUCCCAAUAAAUCAGAGGUUUGUCCCAAUAACCCGGAGGUUUGUCCCAACAACACAGUGGUUUUUCCCAAUAACCCAGUGGUUUGUCCCAACAACACAGAGGUUUUUUGUCCUAAUAACCCAGAGGUUUGUCCCAAUAACCCAGUGGUUUGUCCCAACAACACAGAGGUUUGUCCAAAUAACCCAGUGGUUUGUCCCAAUAAAUCAGAGGUUUGUCCAAAUAACCCAGUGGUUUGUCCCAACAACACAGAGGUUUGUCCUAAUAACCCAGUGGUUUGUCCCAACAACACAGAGGUUUGUCCAAAUAACUCAGUGGUUUGUCCCAAUAAAUCAGCGGUUUGUCCAAAUAACCCAGUGGUUUGCCCCAACAACACAGAGGUUUUUUGUCCUAAUAACCCAGAGGUUUGUCCCAAUAACCCAGUGGUUUGUCCCAACAACACAGAGGUUUGUCCAAAUAACCCAGUGGUUUGUCCCAAUAAAUCAGAGGUUUGUCCCAAUAACCCGGAGGUUUGUCCCAAUAACCCAGAGGUUUGUCCCAAUAACUUAGUACUCUAUGGAAUUCCAACACAAACAGCUAUGAAUAUCAUUUAGAUCUGCAUCAAACAAAUUUGGCACUGCUCAAGUUUCAAAAGUAUAUAUUGUUCCAGAAAAUAUCCAAAAGCAUUAUGAAUCUAGAGAUCAAUCAAAUUUUUAACCAAUCUUAAAAAAACUUGUUGGUGUCCUAGGAGGACCAUCUUCCUGAUGCCAAGCUGUCGGUUGAAAACUUGGCCCUCAAUGAUACCGGUGUGUCAAUAGAGGAGAUUGUCAAACUGUCACACCUCAUGCCGAUGUUGAAAGAGUUGCAUUUGUGUGGCAAUAGUAAGUACUGUAGACUGAUCCUGUGAAGAUAUUUAGUUAACAAAUGUUUUCUAUUUCAAUUUUCAUUGCUACAUCAGCUUCUCACUGCAGUAUUAAGACUUCAAUAUUGGAUGAUAAGUAUUCAUUAUUUCAGUUUUCAUUAGUCAUACAACUAAGUUAAAAUUCCUUGGUCUGCUGAACAUUAUCAUCAGACUGCUACUGUGACAUUAAAUAGCAUUCUAAAUCACAUGUUGGCAACCUGUUUAGGAUGAUAGAUAUUAACAAAGGUAUGUUUGAUAAUGCUUUUUUUGGGGUUAGACGUUUCCUCAAAUUUUACAUGGAUAGAACUUGAUGGUACCUGUAGUUUUACCUCCUGAUUCGUGUUACAUCUGAGAAGAUUAUCGUCUUUACUCCACCACAGAGACAUGUGUAAGUGCGUUUUACAAGGUUCGUUGACUCAGGUGUUCUUCCUUCAACUGUUAAGUGAAGCCAGAACAUACAGUUUAGGUUUUAGGACCAGCUAUAAAUAUAAUUUUGUUAUAUCAAUGAUUGAAUCUGAUCACUCCUACGUCAGACUAUGAAGAUCUGGGAGAUGUUGAUCUGAGCAUCAAGCAAGGGGCUCUGUCCACCCUGGAGUGCUUGAGACUGAACAACAAUGGAAUAACAAGGUGACUGGAACGCUUCUUCGCCUGUGUCAUUAUCAAUUCCAUGAAAAGAAAUAUUCCAUUAAAGAAGUCCAUUUUCAUUUCCAUUAAAGAAAUGCAUUCUUUCUUUGUUCAGGACAAUAACCUACAAUACUAUCUGUGUCUUAUGUGAACAAUGUUGAUACAUUUCCCAAUUAUGUGGAUAGUACUUUGGAUUCUUUUAAUUAUAAAUUAUAAAUCUAACAUAACUUUAAAGCUUAUAUAUUUCCAAUGCAUAUUGGAUAAAAUAAAAAAAAACUUUAAGAAAUCAUUCCAGUUCUCUAAUGGUAUGCUAUAAUUGUCAUCUUUAGCUUUUUAAAUAUAUUACAGACUUGUAAGAAUUAUAUACCUUUGAGCAGUAUAGGUGGCUAGAUUGUAAUGGAUUUUAUACUGACAUGCAUUGGCUAGGUUUCAUAAUGAACAUGCAUGAGCCCUAAAUAUCAUAUAUGUUCUUAUGUGACAGUUGGUCUGAAGUGUGGAAACUGCGAGACUUGCCCCAUCUCAAGUUCCUGGUAUUGUCAGGGAAUCCCGUACAAGAUGUUUUUUACGAAACUGAUUCUAAGCCCACCAAAGAUGACCUGGAGCAAGACUCUUCUCAAAAUGCCAGCGACAGAUGGGACCAAUCGAAUGACUUUUGUAAUGGAGGAGCGGCGCACGUUCAGUUUCCUGAUGUAGAUGAGAUAGAUCAGUUUGGCGGUGAGAGUUGUCUGGAUGACGUCAAGUUCAGACAGGACAUUUUCUCUGCCAUGAGCAGGGGUAAAAGUGAUUCCGAGUCAGACGACUCUGAUGCUGUCACCGGCCGUUACAAGUCUGAAAGGGAUGGAGCAGUUUCGGCUAACAUGGAAGAUGUCAACAGCUUCUUGAGACUGUGUGAUGCAGGCAAUACAAACUUCAACAAUAGCUACUGCCCCUCUACGCAGAUCUCUGGGUACCCAGAGACACAAAAGUGUUCUGAAGACUGUCUUCAGAUGUCUAAAUUCCCUGAAUCAGAAUCUUUAAGGAAUGAUCACAGAAUUGAAGAUUGCCUUAUGAUGGGAAGCAAGCAUUCCUACGGUGAUAGGAAAUAUGACAGUGGGUCUGGAACAGACAGUAGUGAUGAAAAUUCUGAUAAAGAAGCAGACAUGGGCCAUAAGGUGGCAGCCGAAACAUUUCUUAAUGAUGUUAUCAACGGUCUUGAUUUCACAGACAUUCUCAACCCAAACACCUCAUCAAUGACAUCCUCCUCUGAGACCAGCCCUGCUGAACAAAUUACACAAAAGCAAACGUCAUUGGCUGGAAGACAUAAUGAAACAAAGAAUGGUGACGAUGCACAUAUAAAGCAAGCUCAACUCUAUAAUUCCAUAUCAGCCACACAUAACACUAAAUUGACAAAUAGCAACUAUUGGAUGGAUGAAAUGCCAAAUGAAGAUUGUUUUACUAAUUGUAGACUCGGUGAUGUAGAUGCUUGCAUUCCCAGAACUAUGAUGCUAAGUGAUGAAGAUGCUUGCAUUCCUAGAAAUAUGAUGCUAAGUGAUGAAGAUGCUUGCAUUCCUAGAACUAUGAUGCUAAGUGCUGAAGAUGCUCGCAUUCCUAGAACUAUGAUGCUAAGUGAUGAAGAUAUAAAGUCUUUCAUAGACUCAGAUGUCACAAUGCUAGCUAAAUCUACAGCUCAGCGUUGUCUUUUCCCCAUGCUUGCAUCUGAGCUUACCGCCACCCAUUCAGCUGACCAUCCAACCAUGUGCCAUUCUCUCUCAGACACUAAUGAGACGGGAACAAAGGCUGACAGUCUUUCUUUGAAUGUAGAUCCAGGAAGUAAUUCCAUCAUAAACUCGUCCAUUUCAUCUGAAAGAAUUGUUUUAAAUCCUUUGACCCCAGGGGGCCACGGAAAAUCAGCAGAUAGCUUGAAGGAUCACAAAACAACGAAUGCAUCAUGCUUUUCAUGUCAAGAUGACAGCAACAAAGAUAUGGAUAGUUCCCAACACAUGCACCAUUCCUGUCCAUCGUGUCAACAACAGCAGAGCUACAGCUGUCACAGUAAACCAUUGCAAAAUGGCCAUAUUGAGCCAAUCUUUGAGUCCAAACCAUUUGACCAGUUACAAAUAUUGUGCCUUAGCAAUGCAGGCUUGUCUCACUGGAGCCACCUGGAACCUUUCACUUUAUUUCCAAAACUGACCAAUGUCCGGCUCAAGGUAAAUACAUAAUUAAUAAUACAUGAUUACAAGGUAAUGAUUAAAAUUUAUUUUGUUUGCUGUGGCUUUAAAGUUUAAUUUUAACUUUAGAAUGGGUAGAAGUAUCAUUGGCAAAGAAAUGGAUGGCACUAGGGGCAAUUUCUUCAAUUUGGACUUGUGAAGAACUACAGGGAAACACCUAUGAUAAUGGGCCCCACAAUAAUAUGAAUGUGGAUUUAAUGAAUCACAGCAUGGCUGUGAAAUUUAAUAUAUUCAUACACACACGAAAUUUUUUUUCAAAUUAUUUGAAAUAGAUUAUAAAAAAUAUUUAAUUUAAUUUUGGGGAUGAGAUCGUAUUUGAAAUUUGAAUAUAUAAUCACAGUUAUCCAUUACAACAAGAGAUAAAAAAACUUUUGUUUCUUUAAAAACUUAAUCACUCAUCUUCCUAAUUAAAAAAAAAUUUCAAUACAAUUCACAUGUAAUCAAGGUCUUUAGUGAGGCAAUGUUGUGUAUUAUUGUGCUAACCAGAAAAAAAAAUUAUAAAAAUUAGUAAAACUAUUUAAUGCAUGGUUAACCACUGCCCCACUCAAGUGCCUAAAAAGUUUCAAAGUCCCACCACCCACUCCUUAGUGAAGGAAAAAAUAAAGGUCUCCAUGGUGCCUUCACAAAGAUAGAAUGUUUAGGACCAUUGAAGUAUAAACCAUUCAAGGGAAAUAUAUUUGUAUUGCAGUAAAUGACAAGCAAAAAUUGUGGAAUUACCAAAUAUCAGUAGCAAGAGAAAUACGUACCAGAGCGCUUUAAGGUUGUGUUCUGUACCCUGGCCUGUGUACAAUAUAAACCAAUGACAGCAGGAUCCCAAGCAACACCAUUCUAAUCAUUAAAUUUGCUGAUGAUACCACCACUGUUGGCUUAAUGUCUGAAGUGGAAAGAAUAUACUGCAACCUAGUUACAAGCUUGAUCAGUUGGGCGAUGAAAAUUUUCUUCAAUUGAAGAAAAUGAAACAAAUGGUUGUUGAUUUUUGGAGGGGGAAUCACCCAAUUGCAUAUCUCACAUAAAUAAUUAUAAUAUAGAAUAGGUAAAUAUUUUGCAUGAUACAUCCCACCCACUUCAUCACAGAUACCUAAGAUAAGCCCAGUCAGGGUGACUUCUUUCUCUAAGGUUAUCACAGAAAGAUAUAAAAGUUCUUUUGUUCCCCAGUCCGUACGAAUUUACCAGCAUGCAACCCCAGCGAUGACCAAAUCUUAAUGAGCACUAAUUAAAUGAAUAUUGUCACUAAAGUUAAUUUAUUUUUGAUUUAUAUGCUACUGAAAUACGUUAGAUGUCUCGUGUUUAAAUUUAUUUAUUUGCUGAAGUUAGAUGUCUUGUGUUUAAAUUUAUUUAUUUGCUAAAAAUGAAUGUGUACAGUGUAAUAAAAAAAAAAAUUCCAUUUAUUUGGAUCAAUAAAGAACCUCAUCUUAUUUUGUAAUUUGAACUUUAAAAUAGGAAACCUUAAAUCAAGUCAUCAUGCAUUUGAAAAAAUAGAGCGUACGUUUUGCAAAACGUGAAACAUUUUAGGGUUUUGAACAUAGCCCCUCAAUUAUUAGGGAAAAGCAAACUUUUAUUAUGACAAAGAGAAUUAGAGAGAUACAUCACCCAAAGCUUUGGAUUGAACUGUACUUUGUUUUAUAUUUGAUGAAUAAUGUAAUUUUAGGCUACUAAAAGUUUUAGUCACUGGAUUGCCGUUCAUAAAAAAAAUGCUGCACCUUUUUGCAAAUCUUCAUCCAUUUUCAGAACAAUCCACUUUACUCGUGUCUGAAUGGUGAGGACAAGAGGAAGAUGUACAUUGCAAGGUGAGGUACUUACUGAUAAAUGUAAUUGUAAUAUUCUGUAUUAACAUGUUUACCACCAUAUAAUCUAUUUAGAAACUCUCACAUUUUCACACAUACUUUUUACUAGAAUUAAAUUGCCUUCAUUUGAUGUAUCUCCCGCCUAUUCAAGCACCUUUUAUUUGAUCAGUCUCCCACCUGACUAUGUCCCCUACCAUUUGAUCAGUCCCCAACUUGAUUAUGUCCCUUUUCAUUUGCUCAGCCUCCCAUCUAAAGCUCCAUUUCAUUUGCUCAGUCUCCCAACUAAUAACCUCCCUUUCAUUUGCUCAGCCUCCCAACUGUAAAUGUACUGAAUGGCAGUGAAGUCACACCCAUGGAGAGAGAGAAGGCAGAAUUACAUUACCUGAGAUUUUACAUGGACAUUGAUGAGAAGCCAGACAUCUACCAAACACUUGUAAAAAAACAUGGUCAGUUGAAGUGUUGAAGUUUUGUUGCUUUUCUCAUCAAGGAUGCCCUGCUAAAUAUAUAUUCUUGUACUUCACUGAGAUAUGCCGGACAUUGCCAACAAUCGACAAUGCUUGAUUUUUCAAAUUAAAGAUUAACCUGAAAAUCAACCACCAUGGGCAGACUGAAGUGCUUGAUCGUAACUUUAUGUUAACAUUUGAAAACACAAGAUUUAAUUAUUAAAUCUUAAAGGUUACAUUUUUUUACUUAGUGGGAAAUCAGAGUUUUUUUGUAUUUGUUACUGGACCUUUUCUUGGUGGCAAAUAUAAGUUUUGUUGUCUUUGUUACAGGUCCUCCAGUAAAAUUGGUUGACAUUGAUCUGAGGGCAGGCUACCAUGAAUGGGCCAAUCUCAAGUUUGUAUCUGAUGGGGUCGUCAAGUUCACACGCAGAGUUCACUUGGUCGAGCCCGUCUCCAGACUGCGCAGUUUGAUAGCAACAAAACUGGAUGUGCCAAAAAGGUAAAGUUUAUGGAUCGUAACUUUUACGGCACUCAAACUUCUUCAGAGGUUAUUGAAGUCAUUGAACUGGUUGAAUAAAUUAAACAGAAUAAUGAGUUAAUAACUGGAUGGAAAAAAUGAACAAGUUUAAAUGUGCAGCCUUUCCUCUUUCCCCCAUGCUGUGUGUUCGGUUAGUGUGGGAAAGACAUUUUAAAACUUAUCUUUUGUUAAAUUAAUUAUUAAAAAAAAACAACAGAAAUAUUUGUUUUAAUUAAGUUUAAUCUUUCCUCAUUGAGACUUUUGGUAAGGCUCCUACAACUUAGAAUCAAGUAGGGAUUAAUGCUGAACAAAAGAGUAAACGUCUUCCCAGUUUUGUAUCAUUAAAAAACUUUUGAUGAAAAAAUUUCUCACUUAAAAAAUUAAGCCAUUCCUUUGAGGUAAAGGAAGACCAUAUUCCUACAUGUUUAACUAUAUCUAAAUUCCAGCUUUAUAUGUUGAUAUAUGGGGGUAUGAAAUUAAUAUAAAAAAAGAGCUACUCACAAACCACAUGAAAGCAUUUAAAAAUAAAUACCUUAUCACAUGUGAGUCACAUUUUGUUCUUUAAUUAGCAAAUGUUUUCAAACCUUGUUCCAGUGGUCAUAAGUCAUCCACAAUUCUAAUGUGACAUUUAAAGUUUUUUUAAAGAGCAGCUUUAAGAAAUUCUCUCUCAGUAAAUUUUAUAGCUAAUGAAGGUUUAUAUGUUCAGAACACUGUUUAAAUUGUUCCUAGAAAUCAUUGACAAGUCUGUCAUUUUUCAGUUGUUAAAGUGUUUGAAAAUAAAUUCUUGACUGAAUCACACAUGAGGUCAAAAUUGUUUAAGGCGUCUGAUUAAAACAUUUACUUGAUCCAUUCCAGUUGUUUUGUGCUGUACCACCACACGUGUGGACCGUCCCACCCGGAGGCUGAGAGGGAGCUGGUUGAAUUACGCUGUGAGUCACUGCCCAUGUCAAGGUUCGGAUUUGCUGAAGGUGAUGAGAUCCACAUAGAUGUGAAAGGCUAACUAACCUCCACACGCCUCUAGUCUCAUUGUUGGAGUGCCACUUCAAGAAAUAAGUAGGUCCACAGAAGGUCCGGUGUUCACGGAGCAUGCAAUGAGUCCUGCCGUGAAGCUUUAUUUAGUGAAAGCCACUCUGUACUCUAAGGUUAACUUGAACCAAGAUCACUUGCAUCCUAGACCGGGGUACUCAUUUCUCUUCUUUAGUGUGACUAAAGAAUGGACUAAAUCAUUCAAGUUUGACAGCCCCAGUUAUUGUCUGGCCAAUAGCGUUGACAUGUUUGGUCACUUUAUGCCGGGCCUAUAGGGUUGACGUGUUUGGUCACUUUAUGCCGGGCCAAUAGCGUUGACGUGUUUGGUCACUUUAUGCCGGGCCUAUAGGGUUGAAGUGUUUCUUAUUACAAUCGGAAUAUAAGACCUGUCUUUUGCAAGAUCUAAUAUGCAUUUGGUACAUGUUACCCUAUUGCUUUACGUUUACUAGUUCAUUUAUAUCAGGCCAAUGUCAUUCAGUUAUCUUCUAGUGAUGGUUGAGACAUAAAAUAUUUCAUUUAGUUGAUUGUUGCUGUGCUCGGUAUGUAGUUCCCAAUGCACAAGUGUUGGACAAGACAGAAUGGAUUGCAUGGCAUCGUGUAGUUCCUCAAAUACUGAAUGAAUCCGAGUGUGAUGGCAUGAAGUCAUUAUAUUACAACUCUCUUACGUGUGCACUUAUAUUCAUUUAUUUGUUUACAUGAAUUAUAGUAUUGGGGAAGGGGAUACUUCUAAAAAUAACAUGGCCUCGCAUCUCUAGUUUGAUUGAAAUAAGGCAAUAAAUCCUAUUCUUGUUGAAGUCCCAUUUGUAGCCCUGUGCAGCUAUUUGAGGAUUCCUGAUGAUGUGCAGCUCAAAUGUAUUGCAGGAUCUACUCAUGUGUCUACAAUGUAUCUUCAGAGCUGGUGUUGAGUAUAAAAGCUGACAACGUGUUGCAAGUUUGCAUCGAAUUUAACAGAAAAAGCCCAAAGCAAAGAUUGAAAUAAAAUAGAAUAUGGUGUUGUCCAUGAGAUAGAGGGGAAAGAUUUUUGUUCUGUGGAGUUCAGUAAAAGCAUUAGGCUCGUUUGGCAGCUAGACUGUUGGACACUAAGCAAGAAGCUAUUCAAAAUGCUGACCACUACUUUGGUUUAAACCAAACUAAGUUGAGAUAUUGACCAUGUCUGAUGACUGCUGAUGUAUGCAGAAAUAUACUGAGUUAAUCUACAUUUAUGGCACACUAUCUGUGCUGUGUUACCCUGCAUUUAUGGCACACUGUCUGUUCUGUGUUAACCUGCAUUUAUGACACACCAUCUGUGCUGUGUUAACCUGCAUUUAUGACACACUGACUGUGCUGUGUAAACCUGCAUUUAUGACACACCAUCUGUGCUGUGUUAACCUGCAUUUAUGACACACUGUCUGUGCUGUGUAAACCUGCAUUUAUGACACACCAUCUGUGCUGUGUUAACCUGCAUUUAUGACACACUGUCUGUGCUGUGUAAACCUUCAUUUAUGACACACCAUCUGUGCUGUGUUAACCUGCAUUUAUGACACACUGUCUGUGCUGUGUUAACCUGCAUUUAUGAAACACCAUCUGUGCUGUGUUAACCUAUAUUUAUAACACACCAUCUGUGCUGUGUUCCAUUUUCAUAUAUAAUUCUCAUUUGAGCCCUUGGUUUAUUUUUUUCCCACUACUAAUAAAGGAAUUAUUAUCAACAACUGCCUGUACAUAAAUGAUGGUACAUCUAUACAUAUCUACUAGUGUCUGGUUGUACAUCUAGACAAAUCUACUAGUGUCUGAUUGUACAUCUAGACAAAUCUACUAGUGUCU